ACUUGUGUGUUUAGGUUGCCAUCAAAUACGUGGUGAAGGAUGAGCACCUCAGAUUUACCAGGAUUCCCGGCGAGACAGAGUUGCUCCCCGUCGAGGUGGCCCUGAUGCGCAUGGUGUCCAGGCCACCCAUCAGCCCGUACGUGCUGAAGCUCCUGGAGUGGUUCGACACGCCCGAGCGCUGCGUCCUGAUUCUGGAGCGCCCUGUCCCCUGCGUAGACCUCUACCAGCUGAUGCUCGAGAAGGGCAGGCUGAGGAUGCCAUUCGCCCGGCACGUCAUGCGGCGGGUUGUCCUGGCGGUGCUCCACUGCCGCGACCGCGGGGUCCUGCACAGGGACAUUAAGCUCCAGAACAUCCUUCUGAACACAGAGACGCUGGAGGUGAAGCUGAUAGACUUCGGAUGCGGCGACCUGUUGAAGGAUACUCCGUACUACACGUAUUCAGGCACGUGGGUAUACUCGCCACCCGAGUGGAUAACCAAGAAGAAGUACUAUGGCUGCCCUGCGACAGUCUGGAGUCUGGGCGUACUGCUGUUUUUCUUGGUUUGUGGAUGCCUGCCAUUUCGGUCUAAGAAGGAGAUCACCAAAGGGCAUCUAGUGUUCAAAUCUGGUGUGUCUCAUGCCUGCUGCCAUCUGAUCGAACAAUGCCUCAAGAAGAAGCCCAGCAAGCGCCUCACCCUCGGGCAGAUCCUCCUGCACGGGUGGUUCCAUGAGUAGCCUGAAGACUAGGUCCAGACGGUGUAGAUCUUUACACUCGUACUGGCGGCUGCAAAAAAGAGGGAUCUGCGAGUCUUCCAGCGAAGGUACGACUGGCUGAUACAGAUGCUGGAGAAUCGGACUAAUCGGAUGUGGGCCGAAGUGGAGCUGACACAGAUCGGGAUCCAACAUGUCAACUUUAUGGACAUCGUCUUUGAGCUGGUGCUGCUUCUGGGAAGAGCGAGGAUGCAUCAAAUUAUUUCAUUGACGCUGUACCAGAGACGAAGGCUCUUUCUGGACCGGCUGAUUGCUCUCAUCUAUUCGUGUGUUACGCCCAGAAGGACUGAACGGCAGUACACGGAGCGUUAUUUAUUCCAUCUUCAGACUGAGAUGCUGAGCUUCCUGGAUGAAAUCUUCACUCUGGACGAGUCUUUGUACGCAAAACCUGAAGCCCUGGCUGCUGCACUGGAGACGCUUUUAUGGCGGAGCCUCCGACGGUUUCAUGAAAGGCUGGAAACAGAGGAUAUCUAAAGGCCAACCCUGAUUAGAACCUUUAUUUAACUGUCAGGGAUGCAGGUCUGGUGGUUGACGUGUUUUUCAUGUGUGUUCACAGUUUGUAUACCUGUGGAGGUGCGUCAGGACCCAAGACAUGGGAGACGUGUGAAGAUACCACCGAUGUGGAAGCGUGUAUUGGAUUUCUGAUAGACAACGCCCGUAUGACUUUGUGGACCAGAUCCAGAUGUGUAAAAAGCUGAUGUUCUGUAAAAAUUUAAUAAAAAAAGAAGGA